CAUAUAAACUUUUCUGUUGUUAGGUUUUGUCAUUGUGUUAGUGUGAAAUUAAUAUUUUAACUAGAUUUUAAUGAUGGAUUCACUUGAUGAUGGUAUUACACUUUCUAUGCUUAUGAAGCGCAACAGUGAAAAAACAUCUGAGCAAAAAAAAAAUGAAUCCUUAAAAGCUUCCAGCUUGUCAUGGGUUAAAGAAAAGGAAGUGUAUGAACUUCAACUUAACCAAUUGCAAGAACAAUUAGUGGCUUCUAUGCUUCAGAACCAAAAUUAUGAAAAUGAGAUUAAAAAAUUGAAGGUUGAAACUGAUUUUGAAACUAUUGAAGAUUUAAAGAGGCAGUUAAAAGAAGAGAAAGAUAAACAUAAAAAAGACGAAGAAUUUAAAAAUACAUUAUUGGAAAAAAACAAAGAUGAAUUGAAUACAAGUAAAGCUGGUGAUUUUUGUGAAAUUAGCACUGAGCAUGUUAUAGUUCAUAGAGAAUCUUCUGUUAAUCAUUCUGACAGUGAGCCAGACAGAAAAACAAGAUUUGCAAAAAGACUUUUUGAUUUAAAAAUAUCAAUUUGGAAUUUUAUUCACGAAAGAUUGUCAGAUUUUGUCAAUGAUGAAGAUUUGGCUGUGCCAGAGGAAGAAGAGGAGCAGUUAUCAGUAAGAAGGUUAAAAGAGAACAUGUCACGAUUUUCUGCAGCAAUAUCACCUAUAAAACGAUUUUAUGGUGUUUGUAGUGAUUUGUUUGCAUGGAGAAACCCUUGGUUUACUUUGACCAUAUUUUUGGUCUAUUUUUAUGCGUUGUGGGUGGAAAUGAUAAUUCCACUUUUGGUUUUACUUAUUCUAAUUCAACUUACUUUAAAUUUUCUACAUACUAGAGGUUUUCAUAUAUUAUCAGAUAAUAAAAGGAAAAAUUCUGAUUCAGAGGAAGUAAAAGAAGAUCAGGCAUCUCUCAGUGAGCGCUAUCAAUUGGUGUUACAGAUAGCAAAAAAAGUGCAAAAUACAUUGGGCAGCUUUGCUGAUUCUUUAGAAAAAAUUGAAAGUUUGUUUCUUUGGGAGCAGAUGGAAGCAACAAAGACAAUUUACUAUUCAUUGUGGGUUAUUUUUGUAGCUUCAUGUAUUUUACCCACCAAUACCUUUCUUCUAUUUCUAGGUAUGUUUUUUGGUGUUAAAAUGUUUCUUAUUACUCCAAUAUAUGUGCGCUUUCCAAAGGUUCAAAAUCGCUAUGAUGAUUUGAAUAGGAUGUGGAAAAAACUUCCAACUCACCAUGAAAAAGAAAAAAUUGCAGAAAACGUUGAUAAAAGUUCUCAAAAUUUAUCAGAAACGAACCCUGCAACACCUGUUUCAGGCACUAUUGUUAACAACACUAAUCGCCCAUUAUCUCGAUCAAAUGAAAAGUUGGAGGAUAGUAGUUCUUCAUGGGAAAAUAUAGUUUUUAGUGAUCGCUUUCAAUUACCUUCUUUGGAAGUGCCACUACAUGAUUGGAUUGAUGGGCGACGUUGUACAUUAAUGGAUAAAGACAGUCCUCUCUCUAGCAUGAAACAUGGUAGAUUAUAUUUAACACCCAAUUACAUUUGUUUUGAAAGAAAUCAAUUUCACACAAAGAAGAAUAUUUCAAUAAAACUGUCAGAUAUUGUUGCUGUUAAAAAGACAAAGCCGAUAUCAUUUAUACCUGGACCUGGAAUGGCUAUUGAACUUGAAGUUACUAACAUAUCCAAGCCUUAUGUGUUUGCCGCAAUGAUGGGACGUGAUGAAGCUUUUGAUUCCAUUAUGCGUGCAGCAAGACUGUUAAAACUGCCGUGGAGUUUAUAGCAUCUCAACAUGAUUUUUAACAUCAUUUUUCUUUCCAAAUAUCUUAGUGAAUCGGUCUUAAGUUUUUUCUAAUCAUGCAAUCGUUGCACCAUUGACAUCAUCGCUAUCAUUUAUCAUGUUAUAUUUUAACCGCGAUGGAAUUUUAUAUAUCUUCAGAAAAGUAAAUUUAAUAUCUUUAGAAAUUCGAAAUUUUUAUUAGAUGACAUCUUAAUAUAUAUAGCUCUUAAGAAACGUAUUAUCGCAGUUUUAAAUUGUAUAUAUUUUUUGUAAUAUUUUAUGCUAUAUUUCUUUGCGUUUUCUAA